AUGCUGGUAACCGAUAUAAAUAAUGUAAAAAUCUACAAUUUAAGUGGAGGAAAAUCCGUACCACAAUGGCUCACGGAUCGGAAGCAGAAAAAAGCUGCCAAAAAGAAUCCCGAUGCAGACCGGCAUAUCGAGUUGAUUCAGGACUUCGACAUGCCCGGUGUUGCAUCGUGCAUCAAAAUCUCUCCGGACGGGCAGUACAUUUUGGCGACGGGGACGUACAAACCACGUGUAAAGUGUUUCGAAGUUAGCAAUCUGUCGUUAAAGUUUGAACGUUGUUUCGAUUCUGAGGUCGAAAAGUUUGAAAUUCUUUCUGACGACUACAGCAAGGUAGCGUUCCUUCAUGCGGAUCGUUAUGUGGAAAUACAUGCCGGUCACGGACGUCAUUACCGAUUACGCAUACCGAAAUUCGGAAGAGACCUGAUGUAUCAUAAGCCCUCGUGUGAUUUGCUUUUUGUCGGCAAUUCGCCAGAUAUCUAUCGGCUGAACUUGGAACGAGGACAGUUUCUGCUGCCUUACACAAGCGAAUACGCAAGUGCCAUCGACAGUAUCACAAUAAAUCACGAACACCAGUUGAUAUGUGUCGGAACGCAGGACGGCACCCUCGAGAUGUGGGACCAUCGUGAUAAGAAAUGUUGCGGCACUCUGGACGUUGCGGCCAACUUACAGAACACGAGCGAGGUGGCGGCCGUCACGGCAUUAGAGUUCAAGAACGGGCUUACAAUAGCAACAGGUACUUCAACGGGCCACGUGCUACUGUUCGACAUUCGAUCACGCACUCCGCUUGCGGUAAAAGAUCACUUGAAUCAGUUGCCGAUCAAAAAGAUACGCUUUCAACCGGAUCAAAAAUCCGUCUAUUCACUUGAUGGCGCUAUGUUGAAGAUUUGGGAUGAAUCGUCGCUGAAGCAGAAAGCGUGCAUCGAAUCCCGUAGCAAUUUCAACGAUUUCGCUCACUUCCCUGGGAGUGGAUUGUUUAUGUUCGCACAGGAAGAUACCAAGAUGCUUCCGUACUAUGUACCGAGCGAGGGUCCAGCCCCGAAGUGGUGCUCGUUCUUGGAUAAUCUUGUAGAAGAGAUCACAUCAGAAACGGUGCAAAAUGUGUACGACGACUACAAGUUCAUUACGAAGCAGGAGCUCGCCGAAUUGAAACUGGAUCACCUGGAGGGCACGAAAAUGUUACGAGCAUACAUGCACGGGUUCUUCAUCAACAUACGACUGUACAAUAAGGCGAAGGCCGUAUCGGAUACUUUCGCAUUUGAUGGGUUCCGAAAGGAUAAGAUUCGAAAGCAAAUUGAAGCUAGCCGUCCGGCUCGGCUUCAACUAAAAUCGGCUUUACCUAAAGUCAACCGGGAGCUGGCCGAGCAGCUCAUGCAAGAGGAGCACAUGAAUAACGCGAAGCGCAGCGCCAUAGCGAAGGGUCUGUUGGGAGACAAUCGAUUCAAGCAAAUGUUCGACAAUCCUGACUUCGAGAUCGACAAGGAGGCGGAAGACUACCGACUGCUCAGCGCGGUGUUGCAACGAGCGGAGCGUGAUAAGGCGCGACGAAAGGAUAAAAUAGUCAUCACCCCGCUAGACGAGGAGGAAGAAGGAAGCACGGAUGACGAUCUUUACAGCGAAAAGAGCGAAAGUGAAAAGGAAGAAGAGAAAGAUGAAGAGGAAGAAGAGGAGCACGAACAGUCUGAUGAGGAAAUGGAUAUGCCUGUCAAGACGAAGAACAAUCCAAAAGCAUCCAAUGGGCGACAAAAAUUAUCUAGGAGUGAUCCAGAAGAAUCUCUCCAGGUUGAGAAUAAUGGAAAAGAAUUUACGCUAACCGUGGAAGAGGGAGCUAACUUCGACAUCAUGCAGCCUGCCAAGAAAUUACAGACCGUUUCCCUUGGCAAGAGGAUUAAAAAAAUGGAACACGCAACCACCAGUGUACAGUUCCAGAACGGAGUUGGCAGACGAGAAAUUACGUUCACGACCACUGGCCGCUCGAAGAAUGCCAAAAAAGAUCAGGAUCGCGAACGAGCGCGACAUCAGUCGGAAUUGAAAAAACACAAAGAAGAACGUCGUCAGGUAAUACGUUCGGCCAAGGGCGUAAUCAAAAAAACAGUAAUGAAACAACGCUAA